CUCUCAUUCUGUAAAUUAUAACCUAUUUGUUAUUCCUUUCAAACUUUCCACACGUGUUUGUGUAAUUCUUGUGUUAUUUAACAAUGUCCAUUCAGGACAAAGUGCUUCUUCGCAAAAUUAAGAAAAGGGAGAAACAGAAGCUCAAAUUUUUACAGCUUAAAGAAUCGGAGAAGAAAAGUAAAGAAGAAGCAAGUGUGGAAGACACGAUUUCAGACUUAAAACCACAUUCCGAAAAAAGAAAGCUAAACGAAGAAGCAGGACCACGUCAAAAGAAACGCAAGAGCAAAAAGGCAGAUUUAAUUGACAAAAAUGACAGUGAUGAAGUUGAAAAUGAAAGUGGCGGAGAAUCUGCCGAUACUGAAAACGAGGACCACCCUAAAGAAUCAUUGCCUGGUUCUGACGCGACAUUAGAAAUCUUAAGUAAUCGUACCUUUGACUCACUGAUUGAUAAGGUAUGCGAACCAACCCUCAAGGGAAUUACAGAUAUGGGAUUCACAACAUUAACCGAAAUACAAGCAAGAGCAAUUCCUCCACUGUUAGAAGGGCAUGAUUUGGUAGGAGCUGCAAAGACGGGCUCGGGUAAAACGCUCGCCUUUCUUAUUCCCGCUGUUGAACUAAUUUACAAGUUGAAAUUCAUGCCAAGGAACGGUACGGGCGUGAUGAUUAUCUCGCCAACACGCGAGUUAUCGAUGCAAACGUUUGGUGUUUUGAAGGAACUGAUGAAGCAUCAUCAUCACACUUAUGGCCUUGUGAUGGGCGGGGCAAGUCGUCAAACAGAAGCUCAAAAGCUUUCCAAAGGAAUUAACAUUUUGGUUGCUACACCUGGACGUUUACUAGAUCAUUUGCAAAACACCCCUGACUUUUUGUAUAAAAAUUUGCAAUGCUUGAUUAUUGAUGAAGCUGAUAGGAUUUUGGAAGUCGGCUUUGAAGAAGAAAUGAAGCAGUUAAUUAAUCUAUUACCAAAACGAAGACAAACUAUGCUAUUCAGUGCCACCCAAAAUCAGAAAACAGAAGCCCUAACGAAGUUGGCCCUUAAAAAAGAACCAAUUUAUGUUGGAGUGGAUGACGGUAAAGAAGUUGCAACAGUAUCGGGCUUGGAACAAGGGUACAUUGUGUGCCCUUCCGAAAAAAGAUUGCUCGUUCUAUUUACAUUUCUCAAAAAGAAUCGCAAGAAAAAGGUGAUGGUGUUCUUCAGCUCGUGUAUGAGUGUAAAAUUUCAUCACGAGCUGUUUAACUACAUUGAUCUGCCUGUUAUGUGCAUUCAUGGAAAGCAAAAGCAAAUGAAGCGUACAACAACCUUUUUCCAAUUUUGCAAUGCGGAAACUGGCAUACUUCUAUGUACAGAUGUUGCAGCUAGGGGUUUGGAUAUACCUGCAGUCGAUUGGAUUGUUCAGUAUGAUCCUCCCGAUGAUCCCAAGGAGUACAUUCACAGAGUUGGAAGAACAGCAAGAGGGGAAGGCAGUAGUGGCCAUGCUUUGCUAUUACUUCGUCCGGAAGAAUUAGGGUUUUUAAGGUAUUUGAAACAAGCUAAGGUGCCCCUUAACGAGUUUGAAUUUUCUUGGAGUAAAAUUGCAGAUAUACAAUUGCAAUUAGAAAAAUUAAUGAGUAAGAAUUACUUCUUAAAUAUGUCUGCAAAGGAGGCGUUUAAAUCUUAUAUUCGUGCUUAUGAUUCCCACCAUUUAAAAACUAUCUUUGAUGUCACAACUUUAGAUUUAAGUAAAGUUGGAUUGUCAUUCGGUUUUACGGUACCCCCAGCUGUGGAUAUAAACGUUUCAUAUAAGAAGCAUGAUCGUCCAUCAAAGCGAACAGGAGGAGGUGGUUUUGGAUAUUAUAAAAAUAUGAAUAGUUUUGGUAGUGAUAGUAAAACUAAAGUUUACAGACAGCCUGUAAAGAAGGGCGGUAGAAGCAGUGGUGGUCCUGACCGACGCCAAUUCUCUCGAUGAUUCUGACAUACUGUAUUGUUGUGUUUAUUUAUUGUGGCUGAAUAAAUUUAUCGAUAAUUACUUCCAA